AUGGAGGAUGCAGCGACUUUGAAUCGUGAAGAGGUGGACUUGGAAGAGCAGAACCUGACCACAAAAGGCCCAGGGAGCGCGAUGAACAACGAUCAGAGAUCGUUGCUCCAUCAAGUGUUCAAGAAAUCUAUCAUCAAGGUGACAGGAAAAGGUGGAAGGACAGCUCUGAUGUACAGGUGGACAUGGUUUCGCUUUCUGAUCCACUGCAAGCUAAUUGGUCCAGAUGACUCUUGGGACAGGAAGAUACCUGAAGAGACGAGAGUUCCGUGGAGUUUGGCAGUCAAGAUUUUCAAGCUCUUUCAGGAGCCCAACAGCGAGCCUCCCGCUUUGAGCUUCAGCGGCUGGGCCAAUGCUCUUCAAGCUACCAUCCGGGCAAGGGGGAUGUAUACGACUGGUCCCGAAGUCAUAGAGGCAAUCUUUGCAACAUUCAUGCCGCGAGCCCAAGCACAGCUGGGCAUCUCGGAUGACGAUGCUCGUCGACAUCAACGGGACUCAAGAGCUAGUCUUGCAAGUAGUCGUGCGGGCUCAAGGGCAAUGAGCAGGAGCAUGUCUCGCAGCAAUUCUCAGAGCAUGUCGCGGAGCAUGUCAAGGAGCAUGUCAAGGAGCAUGUCGAGGUCUAUGUCAAGGAGCAUGUCGAAGGGUGGUGCCGGUGGGCCCCGCAACACUAGCCGAAGUACAUCACGUGCUUUGAGCUUCUUCAGCACUGGUGGCUCAACUACCGGGGAGGACAGCGAUGAAGGGGAGACGGAUGACGGCAAGCUGCCUUUGAUAUGGCAAUUGAAUCUGGCGGAGCAGCAGAUUUGUGAGCCAGAGUGCUUACAGUUGCUUCAUGAAUAUGCUGCGUUGCUGGAGGUUCUUUUCCGCCACUACGCAACCAAUCCGCCAGCUCCCGGCGAGCACUUUUCUCGGCAAUCCACAGAGGUGGUUGUAAGUGAAGAGAUGUUCACACAGUUGCUGAAGGAGAUGCGCUUCUUCCCUGAUUUUGUACAGCAGUACUCCCUGAAGAAGCACUGCAACGCAACAGAAGCCAGAUAUGGCAUUGAGGAGGGCCUCUGUUUUGCAGCUUUUGUGGAAACCAUGUGCCGUAUUUGCUUCUGCUUUUUGAACAUCUACGGCAACAGCGCACAACAGUCUGCGCCGUCCAAAUACAAAAUGCUUUGGGUCUUGGCACUUCUGGAAUCACGUUUGCCCCGCCAUUUCCGCAAAGCGCGCAGUAGCGAAGAGCCUGAUGAGCCAAUGGAUGAGGUCCAACCGCAAGGUCCUGACUCCUUGUGGCACAAGAGGGAUGAGGAUUUUGAUAUCUCCAUGUGUUGGAAUCAGGAUAUCAUUUUGUGGCCAACCAUGGAUAAGAAUGCAAAAGCAUUGCCAAUGGUUUUCUCUGCAUUUGGCGCGGCUAGCACAAACAUGGAAUCGGAGAUCGACAGGGCUUUAUCCAUGCUGAGACGCUGA